CUUGACAUCCACCUAUCACCCCUAUUCUGCCCAGCUGUCCUUUGUGAGAACAGUUUACAAGAGCAGGGAUAGUUUCCCUCACAAGUUCCAGACAGCUGCAGUGCUUCUUUGGAGACCUGACAUGGCUGGUAUCUGUUGCUGAUCUGAAACGACCAUCGAGUUUAUUUUCUCCCCCAGCGAAAGUAGUUCGUCUUUCCAUGAGAAAUCGAAUUUUCGUGAUCUUGCUAGGGAUAAAAUGCCUUUUUGCGACAUGUAAGGAGAUGUUACGGAGCAAUCCGCCCAUAAAGACAACGAUAUUCAAGGCAUCUAGCAUGACGUUUGAGAGCUGGGUCCUAGUACGUAGUUUACAUGACUGUUACACCAUGAGGUUAACGGUAUGUGCCGCGCGAACAAAAUGGCGGACUCAGCUGCAACGGCUUUCCACUGAUUCAGUGUCUGACUAUGGCUUUACUUGACCCGAAGUUUUAUUCAAACAAUGUUUUGGUUGUCGGGGACGGUAACUUUUCAUUCACUGUUUGCUUAGCGUCUGCGUUAUCAGAGACGUCGGUUAAGAUCGUGGCAACAUCUCUGGAUUCGCGCGCUGCCUUGGCGAACAAUGACUUCGCUGUUGAAAACAUCGAUAAAUUAUCAGCUUUUAAGAACGUGGAGAUCUUGCAUGAGGUAGACGCAACGAAUCUGACUGGAAACUUUGGCCCAAGGAUCUUCGACCGAGUGAUCUUUAACUUCCCACAUACUGGUGGAAAAUCAAAUAUCGGCAAGUCGAGAGAGCUUUUGGAGCGGUUCUUUGCAAGUGCCGCACAUCACGUUGACAGCAAUGGGGACAUUUGUGUGAGCCUUUGCCAAGGCCAGGGAGGGACACCUUUGGACAACCCAAGAAGGGAGCAUGGAAACACUUGGCAGGUUGUUUCUCAAGCCGCUAAAGCAGGGCUAAUUUUGAAUGCUGUAUAUCCAUUUAGAAGUGUAGAUUAUACUUCCUACAGAAGUGCAGGCUUUCGUGGACAGCUUGGUAAAGGUUUCCACACUAUUAAUGGACUUACUCAUGUGUUUGUGCCUGGAGUGCCACUGGAAACUGUCCCAGACUUGCAGAAUUUUAUUUCCAAUUCCAAGACCAUCUUAAGAGGCCUCUACCCAGAAGAUGGUCUCAGUUGUGUGCCUGGUAAUCCUGUUUCUAUUCUGGUCAACAAGCUGAGAAGUUUCUUCUCAAAUCACAAUGUCUGUGACACAAAUGUUGGACUAUUUGGCAAUUACAGCGAUUCAGAAGACAUAUCAGUGAGUAGGAUGAAUCUGCAAGCCGAACAUUUGAACACUCACAGAGAAGAGUUUGUAAAAUCUCAGAAAUCAUUAACAGAUGCCAACAUGCCACUUUCAAGCAGGGUUCUUCAAAAGCUUCAAGCAAGUUGUCACUCCUUUCUCAUUAGUGGUACUGAGCUUGACUUCUUCUUUUCUCCAUCCUCCUAUACUCAUCCCAUUAGACAUAAAAUUGUGGUUGGUUGGACUUUCACAGAACCAACAACAGCUUCCAAACUGAAAGCAGAUGUGGAUGGUGUUCUACAAGCAUUCACCAAAGAAAUUUGUUGUUCUCUUGAAGACUUAAGAAGAGAAAGUGGUUGUCAAAGCUUAUCACAAAAUGAUCCUCUUUCUGGUACAGCUUCAGUGGUAUUUGAGACAGUCCAAUUAAAAAGUGGAAGGCAGACAAAAUUUGAAAACGCCAGAAAUGCUGCUAGUGCAGGGAUUGGAUGUGAAUGCAAAAAUCUAGCUGAGCAAAAGAAGUGCAUUUUUUGUAGGUUGGAGAGCCACUAUCUUGGGCAUAACAUCUCUCCACAGGUUUCUAUCAGUAGCCUUUUUCAAGCUUCCACACAAACUAAACUCUAUCACAAAGAGAGGCUGUUGCUAACUUUGGGUCUAUUGGAUUUUGAGAAAUCUCCACAUGAUUGUUGUGGUUGGCUCAUGGAAAUUGACAUUGAUAACUUGGUUAUGGCUUUGUAUGGGAUUUCUGAUAUACGACUGCUGUGGUCAAGGGAUCAAAGGUUUAAAGAACAGUUUUCAGGCCUAAAGUGGCCAAGUGUGUGUGCUCCAUUGGUAAUCAAAAUUCGUUUUUUACUUUCCAAAAUUAUAGGGCUAAUUUUGAAUGCUGUAUAUCCAUUUAGAAGUGUAGAUUAUACUUCCUACAGAAGUGCAGGCUUUCGUGGACAGCUUGGUAAAGGUUUCCACACUAUUAAUGGACUUACUCAUGUGUUUGUGCCUGGAGUGCCACUGGAAACUGUCCCAGACUUGCAGAAUUUUAUUUCCAAUUCCAAGACCAUCUUAAGAGGCCUCUACCCAGAAGAUGGUCUCAGUUGUGUGCCUGGUAAUCCUGUUUCUAUUCUGGUCAACAAGCUGAGAAGUUUCUUCUCAAAUCACAAUGUCUGUGACACAAAUGUUGGACUAUUUGGCAAUUACAGCGAUUCAGAAGACAUAUCAGUGAGUAGGAUGAAUCUGCAAGCCGAACAUUUGAACACUCACAGAGAAGAGUUUGUAAAAUCUCAGAAAUCAUUAACAGAUGCCAACAUGCCACUUUCAAGCAGGGUUCUUCAAAAGCUUCAAGCAAGUUGUCACUCCUUUCUCAUUAGUGGUACUGAGCUUGACUUCUUCUUUUCUCCAUCCUCCUAUACUCAUCCCAUUAGACAUAAAAUUGUGGUUGGUUGGACUUUCACAGAACCAACAACAGCUUCCAAACUGAAAGCAGAUGUGGAUGGUGUUCUACAAGCAUUCACCAAAGAAAUUUGUUGUUCUCUUGAAGACUUAAGAAGAGAAAGUGGUUGUCAAAGCUUAUCACAAAAUGAUCCUCUUUCUGGUACAGCUUCAGUGGUAUUUGAGACAGUCCAAUUAAAAAGUGGAAGGCAGACAAAAUUUGAAAACGCCAGAAAUGCUGCUAGUGCAGGGAUUGGAUGUGAAUGCAAAAAUCUAGCUGAGCAAAAGAAGUGCAUUUUUUGUAGGUUGGAGAGCCACUAUCUUGGGCAUAACAUCUCUCCACAGGUUUCUAUCAGUAGCCUUUUUCAAGCUUCCACACAAACUAAACUCUAUCACAAAGAGAGGCUGUUGCUAACUUUGGGUCUAUUGGAUUUUGAGAAAUCUCCACAUGAUUGUUGUGGUUGGCUCAUGGAAAUUGACAUUGAUAACUUGGUUAUGGCUUUGUAUGGGAUUUCUGAUAUACGACUGCUGUGGUCAAGGGAUCAAAGGUUUAAAGAACAGUUUUCAGGCCUAAAGGUCAGUCAGCAGUUUCCAGACCUUGGGAAAGAGUUUGUGCCGUUCAGUCUCUUUCCUCCAACCUACAUCCAUGACAUAAGUUUUUGGAUAACUGAACAUAUGACAGAACAGCAGUUCUUUCAGGAUAUCUAUGAAACCACGCAAGGAUGUGUAUGUGAUGUUUGGUUCAUUGAACGUUACCAUGAUGUAGGACAGGAUAAAGUGAGUUACAAUUACCGCAUGGUUUACAGCUCAUGUGACAGACCACUGAGCCAUAUCCAGACAGUAAAAAUGCAAAACUUAUUAAGGAGAAAGCUCUUGAAUUGUGACGUUCAACUCAAAUAACAAUUUGUAGAUACAUGACUGUAUAAUGUACUAAUGAAAAACGAAUGCAUUGGCAUUUAAUGUUAGUAAAAUAUUUUUUUAUUGUAAUCUUGAGAUUACAUGUAAUUUGUAAUACAAUAUUAGCUACCAGGUUUCAAAAUUUUAACAAGUGUAAGCAUUUUCAAAAUUGCCCCUGGAUAAAACUUCUAUUGAUACAAAAUUUGUAGAUAUUAAUUUACUGUCAAAUUUGGCUUGGGCUUAGAUAAUGUUAGGGUUAUGAUAAGACUCCUGCCACUUUACCUUUAUGAUCUGGGUAUCUAUUUUAUUUUUAUUUAUUUAUUUUUUUGUUAUAAAAGUCAGGAAGCUUAUUACUGUCAGUUAUGUCAGUAACAAGAUUACCGGUAAGUGAAUGAUUGACCAACUAAUUUAUUAAUAAAUAUUUUUGGGUCUGAUGUUUUGUUAUUAUUUAUUUAUUUCGUAAUAAACUUUAUUGGUUUUUAAAUCAUAAGCUGUCAAAGCCAGAUGAUUUUUGUUUGGUUUUAAAAGCAAAGCAGCUCUUUACUGAUUGUUACUGACUGAGUAACUCAAUUGAGUGAUUGACUGACCAACUAAUUUAUUAAGUUUGAUAUUGUUUUUAUACUAUUAUUUUAUUUAGUAAUAUUAUAAUCUUUAUUAGUGAUAAAAUUGUAACCUGUUAGUCACAUUAUGUUUCAGAUCAGUAUCAUUUUUUUUCCUUUUGUACAUACAUACAUACAUUUGAAAACUAAUAAAAAGUUAUUUCGUACUUGUUGCAUGCAUCUCUAAUUUGAUAUUAUAGAAGAGCUUUGAGCACUUUCUGAAGACUCUUUGUGUCCAGAGCUUCCAUUAACUGACUACAUAUUUAAACACUCCAAAUGGCCUCCACAUAAACAAAAGAGAGAUAUUUCUAUAAAAUAACAUGUCUUAUUUGAUGAGAGAGAAGCCCUGUGAGAAAGCAGCAAAGAUUCAUAGGAAGAAAAGGUCAAAUAUGACAUCAGCACAAUUUAUUAAUGUCUAGCUUUUAGCAGGUGGGAGUGCAACAUUACACAAAAAAGCACACAUGAGAUUGUUGAGUCACUUGUGUUUAAUAAAUGCUUGACAAACAUUACAUCCAAGUACAAUACUUUCUUGUAAAAUGGCUAUUUUCUAGAUGAUAUAAUACAUCAUUUGAAACCCACACACAAACAAUCUAUCUAAUAUAUAUAAAAACAAAUAAAGCAUGAAGGACAAAUAUAGGCCAAUUUUGAUAUGUGAAAAUUCUAACUUGGUGC